ACUACUACUACUAUACUAUACUAUACCUAUAAACGUUAAGAGCCGGGUCUAAGAACUAACAUUUGACAUUACUAAUUACUUAACAUACUCCUAAUUAACUUAUCCUCUAAAAAUGGACAACCUCUUACUAUAAAUUUACUCUUACACGGCUACAGCUUAGUGACGAAUUUUCUCCAUAACAAUUCCUCCAAGAAUAUUAGAGUGAAAGCAGAACUAACAGGGAAAUGGUAAUAAGAAUAGACUAGGAUAAGACAAGUUGGUAAAAUAGUUGAAUGUGCGUUUGUGAAAUGUUCUGAAAUUAGUAUUUAUGUAAGAGUUUCUUACAGUGACUUAAGUGUUUAGUAUUUUUCUUCAUAAGAAUUCCUUAAGACUGCAACGAGGGUUUUUCUCCAUAAAAAUUCCUUAACACCGUAACGAGGACUUUUUUCAAUCGCAGCGACGAAUUUUUCCCAUAAGAAUUCUUUAAGACCGCACCGAGGAAUUUUUCAAAGAACGACGUGCCAUAAAGAGGGUACGGCAUAGCAAGGACUUUUUCCAAAGCAAAAGGUUCCCGCUAAGGUGUCAUCCCUUCUACUCUGUCCCUGUUAAGGUCACUAGAGAGAUGGUGCCCCUCAGGGCGUCCAGUCCCAGUUAAGGUCACUAGAGAGAUGGUGGCCCUCAGGGCGUCCGGUCCCAGUUAAAGUCACUAGAGAGAUGGUGGCCCUCAGGGCGUCCAGUCCCAGUUAAGGUCACUAGAGAGAUGGUGGCCCUCAGGGCGUCCAGUCCCAGUUAAGGUCAAUAGAGAGAUGGUAGCCCUCAGGGAAUUUACACAAUAUAAACUAGUAGUAAUUAUGAUGUAGUUGAAGCCUUCAGUAUUACAGAUUAUGUAAUUUACCCUUCAUUGUUCCGUAGAGAUGCGUGUGAGUGUGGUGGCGUGGGCGUGUGUGGUGGCGUGGGCGUGUGUGGUGGUGAGCGGGCGUAGGGACAACACACUUCCUCCUACACUCCUCCAGGCUAAACUGUCGCAGCUUUCGGGACGACCAGAGACGAGAAUAAGAGAGAGUAUGCCGGAUCAUCACCUCUCACAAGUGUGGACACCGUGGGCGGCAGGGGCGGCAGGGGCGACCAAGAGGGUGCUGGAGCUCAGGUCGCCCGGAGACAAGAUCAGUGCCAUCAACCACACACUCCUCCAGCGGCUCCUGCAGGAGGCCAGGCAGUUAACAUACAGUAAUCAGUCGAUCAUGUCAAUCGGCUUUCUGGCCUUCGGAGUGAUUGUAUUCGACUUGCUGGCCGACGCCAUAUACGGGGGCCACUCCAAUAGCAUGACAACGCUGGGGGCCGAGGACGGAGCGGCCCAAGCCAGAGUGGCCAUCCUGCCUGGCUUUGGACUCUUCGGAGACAACUUCAACAACCUGGCCGAGAUAGUCUUGAAUAUGAUCACCAUUUAUCUCUACAGGGAUGAGAGUCCUGACUGUGGGGAGCGGCUGUUGUGCGAGAGUAACCAGCAGGCAGUCAGCAGAGGGAUCCUCGACUCCUUCGUUACGUACAUCAGCGGGUUUGCCGUCUCCUUCUUGCUGCACGAGGCGCCGCUCUCUCGCAACUUAGAGGCCAUGAGGGCCGGCAGGAAGGGUCACAACUGCCUGGAUCUCUACCCGCACUGCUCCAUCACCCUCUGAGGGCUGCCCUUUGCCCUCUAAAGGCUGACCCUCACCCUCUCCCACCACACCAACCUCUCCCGCACUGCCCUCUACAGACAACAAGGUGCAGGGAGGCAGAGGAUAAGAUAAUGUGGAUCUUUGGUGUAUUGCAUAAGGGGAGAGGAGGUUAUGUUGAUGUUUUUUUCCCAUGAUCUUCUCUUACUUCAUUACUAGUAUAAUUUACACUUAAAUCCAGCAACAAUGGAAAAGAGAAAGAGGACUGCGCAUUUUAUCUUUUAUAAUUUGACCUUACAGGCAUGUGGUCCCUGCCAAACUCGGUUGAUGUUAUUCUGGGUUUAAGCUUUGACAGCGGUUAAGUGCAGUCGGUUCACACCUCUAAGGUUUUUUAAUUUAAUUUCCAGAUAAGAUGAGGCAUCUGAGUAUGUUUCUUGUCACCUGUAUCCUCUGUUUGCCUAUAGCAGAAUGUAGCUGGGAGUUUAGGCCUUCUCAAUCAAAUUAUAUAUCUCACUCACAGGGAAGGAAGUCUCAAGCCCCAGCGCGAGAGACAGUACACACUGUGCUCUAUGGAUACCAUCCAACAUGCAGCCUCAGGGAAACCUCCCCCACCCAUACCCCUGAUACUCAGAUGCAGGAUUCUGACGGGUGCCCAUGUGAGUGUGGACAAUGGGCAAAUGGGAGAUUCAGUGGGAGAGUACAGACUCUCCCACUAGUGUAACAUAAAUAACCAGAGAUGAAUACUUGGAUGGAUAUAAACUUUGGGAGGGAAUGCUCUGAGGAGCACACGUUGGCCAUCCUCUCAGCGCUCUCAUUGCCAUUCAUUAGCAGGUUGAUUGAUUGAUAAAGAUUAAGCCACCCAAAAGGUGGCACGGGUAUGAAUAGCCCAUAAGUGGAGCCCUUUGGAGCCAUUACCAGUAUCAAUAGUGGAUACUGGAGAUCUGUGGAUGUCUUCAUUAGCAUGAAACUAUUAUCUAUUAUAUGGCUUGGUCUCCCAAUAUUGGGGACAGGGAGCCUGUUACCAUGAUUGAGGACUCCUGGGCCAACUACUUACCUUCCCCAAAAUGCAACCCACAAUAGUUGCCUAACCCUAGAGUACCUACUUAGUGCUAGGUGAACAGAAGCAUUAAGUGAAAGGAAACAUACCUCAGGGGGUGAGGUUCAGGGGGACAUAAGCCCUGAAGCGGAAUAGUCUCGACAGGUAACCCCGGGCAAUCGCUGUCUUCUGGGAGAUAUACUGGGUGGAGUUAAGUAACCUGUUGAAGUUGUAUCCCAGCACUGUAUUGGAGUUUGAGAUGGCUAUGGGUUCACCCCUGAAUCCUUAUCUCUCCCGUCAUCUUCGGUUGUGUAGGCCAUACAGCCGACAGUGCUUAUUUGGAUUUUGUCUGGGUUAGUAUUGAUCCUUCAUUUUCUUUCCCAGUUAGAAGUCCUGGUUAGUUCUACGUUCCCCUUAUGGGUGACAUUCACGUGUUUGACUGUUUAGAUGCUUGAGUUAGAUGUUAUUAUGUGUGUUACGUCGUCAGUAAAUUGGACGAUGAUGGUGUCCCUGUACUCUGGUUGGUGUUGAAGAGGACCGGGCUCAGGCAUGACCCUUGGGGGACUCCAGUUGAGGUGAACAGUAUCACAAAUGACUAGACAUCUUGUCAGCACUAGCCGUCAGUAGUGUUAGUGGUACUGCACAACUAGUUAUUACUUCCCUUCCUUCAGGACAUUCAGUAUCCUACACCUGUCUUCUAAUGGACAUUUCAAUGUACACUAGCUAUAAAUAUUUACCAAAGAUAUACAAGAGACAAAGGGCUCAUAGAAAGUAGAUAUCUUUUCUAUGGUUGUUUGUUAAUAGAUGAUGGGCAUUACUGCAUAUAAUUAAUUGUAGAUUAGUUAAUUUGAAACACCUUCUAUUGGUAAUAUGUGAAUCAGGGCUCUAGUGCAUAUAUGCAUAUUGACACUUGUACCUUAUAGACUUCAGUAAAUACUGUAUAAUUAAUUAUAUAUUAAAGUUAGUAGAACUGACAUGGGCAUGUCUCCCCCAGGGAGCUGUAGAUGAUGGGGUUCAUACUUCUAGGUUGUGUUAAGGUCUCUGAUAGUCCUAGUGAAUGAAAUAUUAUUUCCCCAUGCUUUUGUGGUUUGUAAUUUAUUUAUAUAUGAUAAAUUUGGGUAAAACAAAAUGGUAUUUUGUUUAUGAUAAAUGGCAACAACAAAAUUAAUUUUCAGUCACCCAAAUAAAGUCAGUACCGAAUUAGUAGAGGUCUGUCUUAAAAUAGAGAAAGCUGAGGGCGCUGGAGUCUAUAAAAUUCACACACACAGAAAUCACAAUAGCGUGAUACAUCAAAUGAUAAUUAAUUGGUACCAUUUGAUGUAUCACUCUAUUGUGAUAUCUGCAUGUAUUGAAGUACUGUAAAGGCGAAGAGGUAGAACAGCUUGUUGACAGAGCUCGGGUGCAUGGGGAAAUUGUGUAAAACCCUGGUUUGUGUCUCAGAGAGGCUGCAGGGUCCGUGUGAAGGCUAUAGCACUCCCAGUUGCAAUUCUUUUCCAUGUCGUGGCGUAAUCGACUAAGGCGUUUCUGGGAUCAUCUCAGACGAUGGUUCGAACCCUCAUCACGGUCCUUGUGGAUUUGUUUCUACAAGAUUCUUUGUAAUGAGUGUAAUAAAUUUUAUUAUGGCCUAACAGGCAGGGAUCUGAAAGCCAGUACUGUAUUACCAAACACAAGAGGUUUGCUAGAUAUGGCCAAGAAAGCUCACCUUUAUAUAAACAUGUGAGACCAAUGACAAAAUGAUAUGGGAUAA